AUGAGUCAGCGGGCGACGGAGCUCGGGGAAUUCAACGAGGCGUUUUUGGCGAGUUUCGUGACUUCGGCGUGCGUGGGGGCGACGGCGUUUAUGUGGGAGCGCGCGUGGAAGGGGCGAGUGUUCGGGAGCGAUGCGAGCGAUGAUGCGAGUAAUAGGGGUGGAUGGGCGUCGGCGCGAGCGGAGAGCGCGGAUGCGUCUUGGGUGGGGGAGUCGCGGGACUUUGACGGGAAGACGUUGCACGGCGUCGACGUGUCGCGAUACGCGAUUUUCCAAGAACCCGAGGUGAAGCGCGCGCUGGCUUUCGCCGCGUCUUGGCACCGCGGACAGCGCAGAAAGAAUGGGGACUCGUACGCCAAGCAUUGCGUGGAGUCAGCGAAGAUUUUAGCGGCGAAUUUACCCGGGAAUGGGUCGAGAAGUCGAGACGCCGUGUGCGCGUGCUUGUUGCACGACGUGUUGGACGACACGGCGUGCACGGAUGAGACGCUCAAGGCGACGUUCGGGACGCGGGUGUAUAAUUUGGUGAUUCAGGUCUCACGCGUGGGUCAGAUGAACGAAGUCAUGCGUCGCCGACGACGAGACGUCGACGACGUCGAAGUCAAGGCGAAGCUGAGCGAGGAAGAUUUGACUCAGCUGCGCAAGAUUUUGUUGCUCAUCGUUCGCGACCCGCGGGUGUUUUUGAUUAAAAUCGCCGACCGUUUGCACAACAUGCGAACGAUAUACGCGAUAUCAAGCGAGGAAAAGGCGAUGGACAUCGCCAACGAAACGCUUCGCGUGUGGUGCUCGCUCGCCGAAAAGCUCGGGAUGUGGGCCAUCAAAUCAGAGCUCGAGGAUUUGUGCUUCGCCGUGCUCGACCCGGAGAAUUUCGACGGCAUCAUGACGGCGCGAUCGAAGGCUUGGAAACCGCGCGCGAAAGACAUGAGUGGCCGCGCGCGAUCGAGCUCGAAGUCAAAGCAGACGGGGCAAACGGAAUCGUCUCCGAGUUCGUUUUUUGGUUUGGACGCUGUGUCGUUUUUCGGCGCCAAGGAGGAAACGGAGAGCGACUCGUUUGACGGAAGCGGGUCACACGAUGACGACCGAUAUGCGCCUUGGCAGUUAGAUGUGAAGCAUCGCAUCGAGAGUAUACCUUCUUUCGAUUGGUUGUCUACUCGCGAGGGUGAUUCGUUGCAAGUCGAAGGAUUGACCGCGCUACCUGGGAGCAUCGCCGCGUCGCUGAGCACUCUGGACGCGAUUCGCGGUCGAUUGUGGAGCGAACUUCUCAUGGAUGGCUAUACGACUCAAAGCGAUUUGAACAUCUCGGUGUCUUCGCGGCUAAAGAGCGCGUACAGCACGUACAUGAAGAUGAAGCGCAAGAAUUUACCAUUCGAACGCGUGUGCGACACGCGCGCGAUGCGCAUCGUCGUCGGUGACGCGAGCACGUCUGAGCGAGGCACAGAACGAGAAAUCGACGCAUGCUACGCGCUUCUCGACUUGAUUCACAAGAUGUAUCGCCCAAUCGAAGGAGAGUAUGACGAUUACAUCACCAACGCCAAGAAAACCGGGUAUAGGUCGCUUCACACCGCCAUCGGUGGACCCGACGGCGCACCUCUCGAGGUGCAAGUGCGCACGCGUUCGAUGCACGACGCCGCUGAGUUUGGUGUCGCUGCCCAAUGGAUGUACAAAGGGAAGCCCAAGUUCGCUUCGAAGUCGUAUCAAGAUGCGUCACACACGGACGAAACUCCUUCGGUCGGCGGUGGCGUACAACUCGUGUCAAGCGGGCGCCGAAGUUGUGGCGUCGUCAUCGACGCCAAUGGCUCGCGCAUGCUCGUCGCCGAACCGAUGCGUAGUGAGUGGAGUGACGUCGCGGCUUGGAUGGCUGAUAAACAUCACGAAGCGCUCAUGAAAGAGGUCAUUGCGUCCGGUUUGACCAGCGCCCGUCAAGGCACGAGCGAAUUUUUCAUCUCUGAGUUUUGCUAUUGCGUCGACCAGCGCUGGCAUCGCGUCGACAACCUCGGGCACAAGACGCGCGUGACGGCGGAAAUUGUCAUCGAGGGCGCGGAUGAUGCAAAUGAUUCUGACGACGAUUUGUCGUCGCUCGACGACGAUGACGUCGAUAUGCGGAUUCGUCAGCUUCAAACCGUCGCGGGAGAGCUUUUGAACGAAUCCAUCGACGGCGACGACGCCUCUGGCGAGGACAAGGAAACCUUGCUGAGCAACUGGUCCGCCACCGCCGCAGAGAUUGAAAAGCGCAAGCGCAUCGCCCGCGCGAAACAAACUCAGCUCGCCCGCGAAGAGCGCUGGCGUCGUGGCGAAGAAGAAGCGCCGGCGCUCAAUAUCCUCAUGGCUGGAAAGCGCACCACUCCCAAGCCGAGCAAAGGCAUCUUCCAAACCGAAGAAGCCGCGAAAUUCGAAGCCGAAGUUGCGCUGAAGAACCCGUCCGCCAAACUUCCCAAUGUCGAUCUCAACAACGACGGCGUCAUGGUCAUCACUUGGAAAGAUGAUUUACCCGAAGUUCGCAGCGUCCGACGCGGGUCAACCGUGGCGGAAAUUCGUGCAGAAGCCGCGUCUUCCGCCGACGCCGACGCGCGCGUCAACGUAAACAUGGUCAUGGUGCCGCCGUCCACAAAGUUAAAAGACGGCGACAUGAUCUUCUUAUCCUCCGACGGCGACACCAAGGCUCGAGAACACGUGUCUUAAUUUUCUUGCAUUCACCUUGUAUUUUACUUAGUUUU